AUGGACAACAGGCAGAAACAGGCAGUGGAAGAGUACCUGAGACAGAAAGUACGGGAAACUCAACACGGAGGUGCUGUUGACGAUGAAGGAUCCGAAGAGGAUUUGGACCUCAUGCUUGAGGAGCUUGAGAAGGACUACGACGAGUCGCUGGCCAAGUAUAGGGAGCAGCGGCUCGAGGAGCUCAAGAAGGAGUUUGGGAAGAUAGACAGAGCUGCUGCUGAGCGGGGGUCGGAAUUGGGCAAUGUUUCGUUUGUUUCGGCUGAAAAAGAGCUCAUGGACCUUGUCAUGAAGAGCGAGGUAUGUAUGGUGCACUUCUACCAGCCAGAAUUUAGCAGGUGCAAGUUGAUGAACGAGAGAUUGGCCGUCCUUGCCGAGAAACACGUAGAUGUGGGGAUUUUCGCUAUCCAGGCGUCCCAGGCGCCGUUUUUAGUGACUAAGCUCAAGAUCAAGGUUCUUCCGGUGGUCGUAGCGUACAAGAACGGCAAGGAAGUGGCUCGCCUUGUGGGAUUUGAGGGGCUCAGCACCAACGGCACAGAUUUCUCGGUUGAAGCGCUUGAACUGUGGAUGUUUCGUGAAAGAGUGAUCUCAAAGCGGUCAUUGACGUUUGCAAGCAAACCCGGAACAGUCAGAAGCACCAACAACAACACCAACAGCGACGACGACGACGACGACGACUGGUAUUAG